AUGAGGUCGUCGCCUAGAUCAAGCACUUCCUCCGCUGUUAAACGUCAACUGCGCAUCCGGACCAUCUACGAAAGUAAGCUCCUUGAGUAUGACCCAGAUAGGCACUUAGUUGUUUUCUGGAUUUCGUGUGAGGCUGGGACCUAUGUUAGGACUAUGUGUGUCCAUUUGGGGUUGCUGCUUGGUGUGGGUGGCCAUAUGCAAGAGCUUAGGAGGGUUUGGUCUGGGAUCAUGGGGGAGAAGGAUAACAUGGUGAGCAUGCAUGAUGCAAGGAAGUUUGGUCGACGAGGUUACGGCGAUGUACAGGGACGGAGAUGCAAGGAAGGAGACAGAGUGAGAGGGAGGGAGAAAAGUUGGGAAAAAUUGACUCAGGGUAGAAAAAAAUGA